UCUUUUUAUAGAAUUAUAUAUUUUAUUAUAUUAUAAAAAAAUUUAAUUUUCAUAAAGGCGAAAGCGGAUUAAAGUUUUAUAUUAUGAAAUGUCAACUUUCUUAAGAUAGUUUUAGACCUUUUACGAGAUUUUCGUUUGCAUAACUAAACUUACAAUCAAGCCCCUAUACUACUAUUACUAUAUAUAUAUACACAUGAAAAUCCAUAUAUAUAUAUGCAUAAACAUGAUUAAUUUAUAUACUAAAUUUUCAUUAUGAAACACUCUUUCUCUUCAUCGGAAGCUCUUGCGUCGAUCGAUGUUCACACUAAUCCAAAAAUCAAAAUAUCUAAUUCUCUAUGACCGAUAUAUUAAAUUAACAGUAAUAAUCAAUAAAAUGUCUCCAGCUGGACAACAACUUUGUUAGGAUUUUGUAGCAUUUUGAUUCUUAAUUAAAUUUUCUUUGCCAAACCUCCUCUAUAGAUAACUAGAUGAGGUUUAGAUACAUCUGACGUUUAUAUCUUUGGGAAGAUGCAACUCAUGCUCCAUGUAGGACUAAAUUUUACUCUGUUCAAUUAAACUACAUGCAUGUAUAAUUAUUUCAGUUUCCUUUUAAUUUGCGUUGGCAAAUUCUGAAGCUAAAUCCUAAGCAACCAAACCUACACAAAAAUCUAUAAAUAGGAACCCUCACCUCCCAAACGAUUCACCCAACACUCAUCUCCAAUCACACACAAAAAAAAAAGUAAAGAAAGAGAAGCUUAAUUAGCAUUUUCAAAACAUGGCUUCAAAGAACAUCACCAUAGCUCUCUUCCUCACCAUCAACCUCGUCUUCUUCGGCUUUACCAUGGCCCAAGCUCCCGGACCUCAAGCUCCGAUAUGUCCCAGAAGCUCAACCCAGGUCCAAGCUUGUGUCAACAGGCUUACCUCUAUCGUGGGCCUUAACGUUCUACCGCUGACGCAAUGCUGUUCUCUAGUGGCUGGACUUGCCCCCUCUGUGGCCUCUGUCUGCAUCUGCAAUGCCUUAAAACUGUCAGUUCUCGACAUUCUGGGUAUCACUGUGACACUUGGUCAGGUUCUUGGGUCCUGCGGUGUUUCUCCCCCAGCUGGUUUCAUAUGCGCCUAAUUCUCUCUUAUAAGACACCUGUUCCGUCGGAUAAUAGUGGUGCAAGUAUGCUUCUCUAAUAAUUAUUUGCGUGUUAGCAAUAUCUAUAUGUUUUUUUUUGGUAAUCGCAAUAUCUAUAUGUUGUUGAAAAUAAAGUGAAACAUUUGUACUGUUUUUACAUGUUUCGUUGUUAACUAUGUUCUUCAAUUUGUAGAUUUCCAGCCGUAUGUUGUAUCUCUUCGUUCAGAUGAAAAUUAAAAAAAAAAUACAUAUAAUCCUUUUAUGUUUAUUUUAUUUUGGUUAUCUAAUACCAGUUAAAUUUCAAGUAUUAACCAGGUCAGAUCGUUGCUCAAGGAAAAAAACAAAAAAAACAGGUCAGAUGGGAACCGAAAUAAUCCACUGUAGAUCAGUCUUUUCCCAAAAGGUUUUGGGCCUAACUAUAUAUCUUUGUCUGAUUUUAGCUCAUUGAUACAUAUUCUAGGCCCUUCAGGCCUGACAAGUCUGGGUAUUCCUCGUUAAGGAUACUUUCACGUCUGAAUUGGUGAGAUAACAGAUACUGCAAGAUCAGGGAAACAGCUUCAGGUAUUAACCUACACUUCUUCCAUUAGCCGGUUAGAUGUGUGUAACUAACCUACUUUGGCAAGUGGAGGACCGUAACUGCAAGAGACGUUUACUUCAA